AUGAAGGCUUUUUCAUAUGAAGCGUUGUAUGAUGAAUUGUCCAGGAAGACACCAUGGCUUUAUACCACCAUCAAUACUGCAACAGGUGGUUCCUGCUGCCUCCGACACCCUCCUACUGCUACCUCCGACACCCUCCUACUGCUGCCUCCGACCCCCUCCUACUGCUACCUCCGACACCCUCCUACUGCUGCCUCCGACCCCCUCCUACUGCUACCUCCGACCCCCUCCUACUGCUACCUCCGACCCCCUCCUACUGCUACCUCCGACCCCUCCUACUGCUACCUCCGACCCCUCCUACUGCUGCCUCCGACCCCCUCCUACUGCUACCUCCGACCCCUCCUACUGCUACCUCCGACCCCCUCCUACUGCUACCUCCGACCCUCCUACUGCUGCCUCCGACCCCUCCUACUGCUACCUCCGACCCCCUCCUACUGCUACCUCCGACCCCCUCCUACUGCUACCUCCGACCCCUCCUACUGCUACCUCCGACCCCUCCUACUGCUACCUCCGACCCCCUCCUACUGCUACCUCCGACCCCCUCCUACUGCUACCUCCGACACCCUCCUACUGCUACUGCUCCUACUGCUACCUCCGACCCCUCCUACUGCUACCUCCGACCCCUCCUACUGCUACCUCCGACCCCUCCUACUGCUACCUCCGACCCCCUCCUACUGCUACCUCCGACCCCCUCCUACUGCUGCCUCCGACCCCCUCCUACUGCUACCUCCGACCCCCUCCUACUGCUACCUCCGACCCCCUCCUACUGCUGCCUCCGACCCCUCCUACUGCUACCUCCGACACCCUCCUACUGCUGCCUCCGACCCCUCCUACUGCUACCUCCGACCCCCUCCUACUGCUACCUCCGACCCCCUCCUACUGCUACCUCCGACCCCUCCUACUGCUACCUCCGACCCCUCCUACUGCUGCCUCCGACCCCUCCUACUGCUACCUCCGACCCCCUCCUACUGCUACCUCCGACCCCUCCUACUGCUACCUCCGACCCCCUCCUACUGCUACCUCCGACCCCCUCCUACUGCUACCACCGACCCCUCCUACUGCUACCUCCGACACCCUCCUACUGCUGCCUCCGACCCCCUCCUACUGCUACCUCCGACCCCUCCUACUGCUACCUCCGACCCCCUCCUACUGCUGCCUCCGACCCCCUCCUACUGCUACCUCCGACCCCCUCCUACUGCUGCCUCCGACCCCCUCCUACUGCUACCUCCGACCCCUCCUACUGCUACCUCCGACCCCCUCCUACUGCUACCUCCGACACCCUCCUACUGCUACCUCCGACACACUCCUACUGCUGCCUCCCGACCCCCUCCUACUGCUACCUCCGACCCCCUCCUACUGCUACCUCCGACCCCUCCUACUGCUACCUCCGACACCCUCCUACUGCUGCCUCCGACCCCCUCCUACUGCUGCCUCCGACCCCCUCCUACUGCUACCUCCGACCCCCUCCUACUGCUGCCCCCGACCCCCUCCUACUGCUACCCCCGACCCCCUCCUACUGCUAAACCAACGGAAGAGAGGAGGAAUAUGAGGAAGAGGCUGAAAUAG